UAGCUGCCGGAGAACAGCACAAGAUCUGCACAGACAAAUGGAUGAAGAAUACAAUUUAGAUUAUAAUUACUCAUAUGAAAACCCUAAUGAAACCAACGUCUGUGAAAUGGGUGACUAUUUCACAUUUAAUAUCUAUCUCACUGCUGUUCUCUACAGUCUGGUAUUUUUUCUCAGUCUGCUAGGAAACACUUUGGUGUUAUGGAUCCUAUUGAAAUAUGAAAACCUUACAUCUUUAACAAACAUCUUCAUCAUGAAUCUCUGUAUCUCUGAUUUAGUCUUCUCCUGCAUGCUGCCUUUUUGGGUAGUGGACCAGUCCUUUGGAUGGAUUUUUGGUGAGUUCCUUUGCAAAGCAUCAAAUACUGUUUUCUCCAUUGGCUACUACAGCGGUGUUUUCUUUUUGACUCUCAUGACUAUCCUGAGGUACUUGUUUGUAGUGAACCCCCUUUCAACUCUGAGAUCCCAGACACGGUGCUGCGGUGUUUUGGUGUCCUUGGCUGUUUGGACUGUUAGCAUACUAAUUGUGGUUCCUGAGGUGAUUCACACCACAGUGCAAGAAGACUCGGAGGAGCACAGGUUCUGUGAUUAUGCCGAUGGGAAUUGGAAAAAGAUAGACAUUUAUGUGAGAAAUGUACUCUUCCUGAUUUCCUUUGGAGUCAUAGUAUUCUGUUACUUCAAGAUACUCAUAAUCCUGCUUAGAGCAAGAUCUCGCAGAAAGCACAGAACUGUGAGACUCAUCCUCAUUAUUGUGGUGGCUUUUUUCCUGUGCUGGGCACCCUACAACAUCCUGAGCUUUCUGACUACUCUUCCAUCACCUACCUGUCAGUAUGCAAAGGACUCCAACCUUGCCUUUCACAUCAGCCGUAAAAUUGCUUUCUCCCACUGCUGCCUCAACCCUGUGCUCUGUGUAUUUGUUGGAGUCAAGUUCAAGAAGCAUUUGGCACGGUUAUGCAGUCUGUGUUUACACUGCAGCAAUGGUCAAGCCUCCAGCCCGAGGACCUGCUAUGAAGGCAAAUUCCAGCAUGAAGGGACAUCCUUCUACUGAAGCAAGACCUAACUAUUAGGACUAAUCCUGAAUGAACUUUCAGAUUUUGCAGGCCAUGGAUAGCCUCUAAUUCUUAGAGGCACUUCCCUGAGAAAAAUACACAAAUUUACUCUU